CUCGCGGAAACAGACAGGCGCCGACGAGAAUCAGGGGAGACAAAAAUGGCGGCGAAACCUGGAGGUGUUCCGACGACGUAUUCGCCGAAACCGAGGACCCGCAAAGUUCGUCAUCGCGUCUUCAAGGAUUCGGAUCUCGAUUGGGUCCGACCUGACGGCCGCGGGUUCCAUCAGUGCCGACCUGCCUUACUUCAAACUGGUGCUGUGAGUUCCGCUUCUGGUUCCGCUUAUGCCGAGUUUGGGAACACUAAAGUUAUUGUAUCAGUUUUUGGACCGAGAGAGAGUAAGAAAGCGAUGAUGUAUAGCGAUGUCGGUAGAUUAAAUUGCAAUGUGAGCUACACAACUUUCGCCUCCCCAUCUCUCAGUCAGGGCAAUGACCACAAAGAAUACUCAUCGAUGCUUCAUAAAGCUUUGGAAGGCGUAAUAAUAUUGGAGACAUUCCCGAAGACAACGGUUGAUGUUUUUGCGUUAGUGCUCGAAUCUGGAGGCAGUGAUCUUCCCGUCGUGAUAUCGUGUGCUAGUCUUGCCUUAGCAGAUGCCGGGAUCAUGAUGUAUGACCUUAUCACUGCUGUCUCAGUGUCAUGUAUAGGUAAACACCUGACCAUAGACCCGGUUUCAGAAGAGGAAAGCUACCAAGACGGAAGCUUUAUGAUUACAUGCAUGCCAUCACGGUACGAGGUCACUCAACUAACCAUUACCGGUGAAUGGGCAACUCCUAAAAUCAACGAGGCAAUGCAGCUAUGUUUGGAUGCAUGUUCCAAGCUCGGAGAGAUCAUGAGGGAUUGUCUGAAACAUGCAGCCUCUGCCUCCCUCGAAUGAUCUCAAUCUUGAAAGAAACGGCAUAUAAUCUUGAGUUCUUGAUGGUGAAAUUGAUCAGUUUAUUGGUUUCCGGUGAUUAGGGUUUUCUCCAAAUUGGUGAACUGUGGUUUUAGACCAAUGUAGUGUUACUGUCAGAAGAAGGAAUGAGUUUUUUCAGAUCUUGAUUCA